GAGGAGGAGGAGGAGGAGGAGGAGGUGGAGGAGGAAGAGGAGGAGGAGGACAAAAGACCAAAAGAAGAGGAGGAGGAGGAGGAGGAGGAGGAGGAGGAGGAGGAGGAGGAGGAGGAGGAGGAGGAGGAGGAAGAGGAGCGCCGUCGACCUGGGAUCGCUCCAGCGGUGCUCGAGCUCCUGGUGUGGAAUUCUAUGUUUGAACAGAUUGCCAACAAGGGAACUAACGCAAGGAAGUGUAUUGCCCUGACGACAGCUAAUUAA